UUUUUUUUUAUUUUUUUAGUAGGAGACUGUGUGCUGCAUAUGUUUGACUCAUUGUUCCCUGCUAAAGGUUCCCUGGCUGUAGCCGGAGACCAUUCGACCGGGUAGCGACAGAGAAGGCUGCUCUUGAACAGGAAUCUGUCUGAAGGGAGAGGACAAAACAACACACAGAGGCUGCGAGCUGGAGAGGAGAAGAAAAAAGGGGGGAAUUGAAAUCCACACAGGCAUGCAACACUAAAAGUUGCCUCACUGAGACUGUUUCCAGGUCAUAGUGGAGUGGGAGGAGACUGAACGGCUCUUGUAUUUUUCUGCCAAACACCUUCCUCCUAAAUAGCCUGUUUGCCUUCUCAUUGACACCCGCUUGUUAAGCUUCAGCACUCUUUUUCUCAGUUUUUGAUAUAUGAUAUACACACUGUCAGACUUUAAUGACAAAUGAGAGCAGGGGUGUGCAGGAAAUACUGAUUCUCUCCAGGUGAGGAACAAACACACUCUGGACUUUUUUUUUUUCUUUAUAUUUAUGUUACCUUGACAGCAGCCGGACAUCUUGGCUGCCUGUCCCAUUUUCCUCCGCCGUGGUUCGGUAACCAAGCGAUGGCCAUGGUGAGUGGGGGCUGGGGAGAUCCUAAUGGGGGCACCAACGGGCUGGGGGACAAGAGCUACCAGGGGGAGGAGGAGGACGGCUCCCCGCAGGCGGGAGGCAGCGACAUGGAGGCCGGAGACGAGGAUAAGUCGUGCGUGGUGGACUGCGUGGUGUGCGGGGACAAGUCCAGCGGGAAACACUACGGGGUCUUCACAUGCGAGGGCUGCAAGAGCUUCUUCAAGAGGAGCGUCAGACGCAACCUCAGCUACACUUGCAGGUCAAACAGAGAGUGUCAGAUUGACCAGCACCACAGGAACCAGUGCCAGUACUGUCGACUGAAGAAGUGUUUCCGUGUUGGCAUGCGCAAAGAAGCAGUUCAACGCGGUCGCAUCCCACCUCAGCCGAGCCUCAGCCCCUCUAUCACGCCCAUAGGUGGCGCCAGUGGCCUCGGAGGUGGCGACUUUUACAACAACAACAACAAUGGAGGAAGUGGCGGUGGUCAGCCAGUUUCAGAGCUAAUUUCCCAGCUGCUGCGUGCAGAACCAUACCCCAGCAGCCGGUUUGGACACCAGUACAACCAGCAGGCCGGUCCAGAUAACGCCAUGGGGAUUGAUAACAUCUGUGAACUGGCUGCCAGGCUACUCUUCAGCACCGUGGAGUGGGCCAGAAGCAUCCCUUAUUUCCCUGAGCUACCUGUGUCAGACCAGGUGGCUCUGCUGAGGCUGAGCUGGAGCGAGCUGUUCAUCCUCAACGCGGCCCAGUCGGCCCUGCCGCUCCACAUGGCCCCCUUGUUGGCUGCGGCCGGCUUCCACUCCUCGCCCAUGUCUGCGGAGCGUGUGGUGUCCUUCAUGGACCAGGUGAGGGUGUUCCAGGACCAGGUGGACAAGCUGACCCGGCUGCAGGUGGACUCGGCUGAGUACAGCUGUCUCAAGGCCAUCGCGCUCUUCUCACCAGACGCCUGUGGUCUAACAGACCCGGUUCACGUGGAGUCACUGCAGGAGAAGGCUCAGGUGGCUCUGACGGAGUACGAGAGGAUGCAGUACCCGAGUCAGCCUCAGCGAUUUGGACGCCUGCUCCUGCGCCUCCCCGCCCUGCGCGCCGUUCCCGCCAGCCUCAUCUCGCAGCUCUUUUUCAUGCGCCUCGUAGGAAAGACACCCAUCGAGACGCUGAUUCGUGACAUGCAGCUCUCCGGAAGCUCAAUCAGCUGGCCGUAUGUCCCAGGACAGUAGCCCCCCUUACGGACGAGGUCUCCGCCGGGGAUAAGUGACGACAAGGACCCACAGGAAACCUCCUGACUCAUCCCUUCCCAUCUGUGUGGUUAACAAACUGCAGUGCCAGCUGGCCGUCAUAUGUACUGUACCGUAACCGCUCUAUUCCCCCUCAUGAAAUGGGCCCUCUGUCUCCACACGGGCCUCCAGUGAAGAGAGGAGCCAGUGCCAGGCUGGAUAUGUCUUGUUGCCAGCCCAGUCGUUCUGGUGCCAGGUCUCAGGCCAGAGAACAGCUUUUCAUGCUGUGCUCCGAUAUGGCCACCUCAGCCAGUCAUGUCACCACCCACAUGCCAUAGUGACUAAAGACGCUGCAGUUUCAUGUAGAGGGCAGCAGCACCCUGCUACAAAAACAUCUAGAGGACAAAACUGUCCAACUGCUGACAGUCAGCAGAACAUUUUCCCCUCACUGGGCUCAUUUUCCACAGCUCACCAUUUGUGAUACAGUGACCUUUUUAUUUACACAACUGAUAACAUGACAAUACCGUAUCAUGAUUAGAAUGGAUCUAAUUGAACAGUGGUGAACUGAAUAUAAGACAAUGUAAAAGCUUCAUUGAAUUCAGCGCUCUUGGCUCAGCACUGAAGAAGAAGAAGAAGAAGAAGAAAAGGAGCCGAUCAGAUGGAACAGAACGGAAACAAAAACCAAGGAGAAAUCACCAAAGUCUAUCAUAUCAUCCUCGGAGAUGUUUUUUUAAAUAGAAUAAUUAGCAAAAAGAGAAAGAGAUACGGACUCUUGUGACUGCCUGACCAUCAAGUGAACAAUGCUUUUAAAUUCAUUCACAGGGCUCACUGUUGUAACAUCAGAGUGGAGUAAUACCUCACUAGACAUCAGAAUGCUUCAGUCUGAUAUUUCCUAAACUCAAACCUCUGUAAAUGUUGUUCACCAGAAACCGCCUUCUUUUUGACAACUGCCUUGUUAUUCAUUAUGAAUUUGGAACACAUAUAAAAUAUGAAAUGAGCUUCACAACAUUCGUCUUGUAUCUUUUUAAAAAAGAUCCCCAAGGUGAUUUUCACUCUUGUGUUUGGAUUAUGAGUUUUGACUGACUGAAUAAGGUGAAUUCAGCUAUCAGGCAUUGUUUGGAUCGAGUUUUUUAUUAUUAUUAUUAUUAUUAUUGUGAAACGGCAGGCUGACAUUAACUCAAGAAACAACUCAAGAUGUAAGAAUUAGUUAUAGUUGGUGGUGAGACUUUAUAACAACACUACUAAUUAAAUACCAGUUUACGGCGACCAAUGCUGUUUCCUUUGAAAAAUGUAUUGAAAUGUAAAUAUAUUGAGGCCAACUUUGUCUUUUUGCAUGUUCAAAUGUUGUUUUGGAUCUCUGUUAAGUGGAGACUGUUUCAUUAUUUUCCAUUAUGUAAUUCAAGGUUCAUUUAAACAUUUAACUAUUGCUUUCACUGUUAGCUCCUAAAUGUUUUUUUUCUAUAUGUAUUUACAUGAAAAUACCUCUGUCAUCUGUUAAGAUGUCAAAAAAAGAAGCUUAUCUUCAUGCCAUCGCAGCUGGUUUGACAGAUAGGUGCUCUGAGCGAGUCUCUACUGUUGGGAAUGAUGUGAGACGAAACUGUAAUGGAUGAAAAUCUGGUGGAAGAACUGCACUUG